GAAAGAUGGCGCCGCCGCUUCCGGUGCGAGCGGUGCAGUGUGGGGCGCAGGCCUAUGGCAGCCCAGGAAGCCACACCAGGCAGCCAGUCAGAGGGGAGCUUUACAUUGGACCUGCCCUCAUGGGACUUACAAGGCUACAAUGAGCGACAGAGACCUAGCCAAGAGGACAACAGUGAGGCUCUUAGUUCAGUGGAAUCCUAUUCUUUUCCUUGCUCUUCCGAUCUGGAGUCAGAUAGCAAAAACCUAAAUACGCAACAAGAAGACUGCUGUGAUUCUAAGAACUCAUGGCUUGACCCUUCUUUAAAAGACCAGUUGGAGACAAAGGAAGAAGAUGAUGGGCUCCGGAAAUCCCUGGAUCGAUUCUAUGAAGUAUUCAGCCAUCCUCUACCAGGCUCUGGAGAUCAGCUCUCUGUACCUGUAUGCCACUGUCUGUCUCAGAAAAUCAUUGAACUGAGUGGCCAAGAGACCCACAAGUAUGCCCUCCGCAGUUUCCAGAUGGCCCGGGUGAUCUUCAACAGGGACGGUUGCUCAGUCUUGCAGAGGCAUUCCAAGGAUAUCCACUUCUACCCUCUGGAGGAAGGAGGCAGCUCUGGGGGUGACAAAGAGCCAACCCCAGGACUUUCAAAAGAGAUUAUUCAUUUUGUCUUGCAGCAGACAUUCAUGAAAGACUCUUAAAUGGAGGUGGUGGUGAAAGCAGGCAGUGCUGGAGGCUCAGAACAUUGUGGCAUAGAGGGCAGAAAGAACAAAAGAGCCAGAGGAUGGGGAAGAGUACUUUGAAAAAGUAUCUUCCAGACAUGAAGUGACCGUUACAUUUAGGACCUCACAGAGACUAUUGUUACCUGCACAAUAUUGAGCCCUUCAACAUUCCAUCAUUGAUGACAGAGGUGAGCGAGAAAAAAAGACAUCAAAGUACGAGGGACUAGUUGGAAAGAAGGAGUUCAGUAGGAGAGGGAUGAGAAACGCCUUAGAGUAAAUAAGGAUGCAUUACAAGGUAGAAAGUGGAAGGGUCUCACAGGCUGGUACAUUAGAAAAGUACAAGCCUCUUAAGAGGUACUUGAGGGCUGGAGAGAUGGCUUAGCGGUUAAGUGCUUGCCCAACAAUACACUCCCUCCAGGAGGCAUUAAUUCCCAAAUAUCCAUCAGCUGGGGAGCUAGCAUUCAGGACACUAAAUUUAUGGGGGACCCCUGAAUCAAACCACCACAGUCCCCUUGGCUAUGAAAAGUAUAAAAUGAAAAUAAAAUCUCAGAUUCUUUGGAGAGCUAUCUCAAGCUCUUUGGUACCUGGGUAAAUAAGUUCAACUUUCACUCAUACUAGCAUUUAAGUGAUCUUUGGAGAGAAUUUCUGCAAUUUCUCUGGAGGGCCCAGCAAGAUUUUCCUUUGCCAUGACCCUCGCUGGUCAGGAAGGGCUGCUGCUCCUGGGCCUCCCAGCCUGCCAAAGGUCCCUGGAACUUGGAAGUGCAUGCCCUUGACAUGAUUAUGGGGGUCCUUUUUCAGGUGGCCCAAGGACACUGUAAAACCCUGGACUGGAGUUACUGAUUGGAAGGAGAUAAGACUGAGCCCUGUGUCCAGACCAGGUACUCCUCAGGGAAAUUGGAAAUCCGAAUUUAAAAUUGGGGUUGUGACUAGUCAUGUCUGAAUUAUACUCAAAGUGAUUUCAAGGUCUGAGUAGCUGGCACAGAUUGAUUCCACAUGGAAUCCCAAGCUUUGAUCCAGUUCUGUGAUGAUGGUCUUCUUUCUGUCAAGAAGACCUAAGUUGUUCUGGUCACGACUGAUGAUAUUCUGGUCUCAGUAACUAGCUACAUCAACGUUAUGAGUGGGAUUAGAUAAAAAUUUUUUGAACUCUGAAUAAAUGAAUGAAUGAAAGAGGGGGAGAUGGCCAUCCAGAGUCUGAUCAAAAAGUGCACUUGGUAUGAAUGUGUGUAUGCAAACAUAUAUGUGACUCACAGCCUUAAGGCUUGCAGAGUAAUUUCAGUCCCAAGCAGUGCAUGUUCAGGAAGGCUUUGUCUUUGUGUCUGUUCUACAACACCAACCCAGUGGGAAAUUCAUUGUGAAGGAAGUCCUCCACCAAGCCCACUGUCCUAGACUGUAUGAUCAAAACUCAUAGUUGAAAAUAUACAGGAGGGCUGGAGAGAUGGCUUAGCAGUUAAGCACUUGCCUAUGAAGCCUAAGGAUCCUGGUUCAAGGCUCGAUUCCCCAUGACCCACAUUAGCCAGAUGCACAA